CUAACAUAUGAUCAUAUAACUUUUUUUAAGCGAUAUAUUAUCAUUUUAAAAUGUCCAAUGUAACAAGAUGUCAACCAGUCAAACAAUUUUAUCGACAAAGUAUUGAUCAUAGUACAGUUUAUGAUAAUGAUAAAAAAUUUGUAUCGAAUGAUAAUAAUAAUAAUAAAAAAGAAUUUUCUACACCACCAAAAGUUUCAUUUCUUCCAUCGGAAAAUGAGAAAGAGGAAUUUCAAGAACCACAAGCUGACGAAUUAGAAAAAGAAGCAGCUGAAGAAAAACUGUACCAAGACUCGGUUGUAAGAACAUCUGACUGUUCAUUGCCUCUAAAUAAAUGGGCAACCCUCGCCCAACAAACGGGGUCUAGACCAUCAGUGGAUAAAUUUACCGUCUCACGAUUCAGCCCUGGCGAGUGGUAUCUGCACAAUGAAGCUGUAGCUCAGAAUGCUUUCCAAUCGAUCAACGAUAUCAAAAAUGAAGCUUUUUCAUUGGAGCAAAUCCAAAAUGAAAUUUACCACCGAGUGGACGAAAAUCAAUUGAACAAUAAGUACUAUCUAACAGUCAACGCACGUGCUUUAUUUAACCGGAAGCGUGAAUUGGAGCUGAUUAAUAAAGACGUGAUUGAUGAACUGGAAAGUAUUAAAAAUUUAAUCCAGCAAUUGAUGAAGAGUGAUCGUGCGAUAGAAUCGAUUAAAAAAAUCGUUCAAGACUUGAAGUGUCUUAGAAAUACGAGAUUAGAGCAUGAUCUAGUUCAUGAUGCAGUUACUGAAGAAAUUCUUAAAGUAUUUUUAGAGGAAGAACUUUGUAAAGAAAAAUUGAAAUUGAAUAAAAAAUGUAUCGAAAGAGUAAAACAACAAUUAAAUGAAUUGAAGGAAGCUAAGCAACGAGUCGAAUAUGAUUGGUCAUGCAAGAAGGAUGCUUACCAUAUAGACACAGGUUGCCUUGCUUUAAAUAAUAUUUCUAAAAACCUGGAAUGGAAACCAGGAUGUGCACAGUUACCCGCUGGACAAUGUACACCAUUAGGACAUGAACAAUUUACCGACGAAUCAAUAGCAUACGCUCAAAUAGCAAUCAACAGAUCUCGAGUACUAAAAACGACUAUUAGAGACCAUAUUGAUAAACUUGUCAAGGAUUUGCUACUACAAGCCUGUCAAGUUGACAUUUCUUUAACAAAUAAAUUCAACGAAACUGACCAAGCUUGUAGGAGACUUGAACAAGCUUUACUUGAGUGUUCAAAAUCUUUAGCUGAUUCGGAGAAAGUUAUUGUAAAUACAUCUAAGGCAAUAAGAAAAUUAGACGCGCCAAGUAAAUGCGCUCAGACUCGUUUAAGUAUGCGUUUAGAACGUCUUAAUAUUGAGCAUUGUCGAGAUAUUCCACAGUUUAGUUUAAUCGAUGAACUUAAAGAUAUCUCAGUAGGCGUAAGUGCAUUGUCAACUAAAAUAAAUAACACUAAAAAUAUAACAGAAACACUUGAUAAGUCAUACAAAAAAAUCCAACAUGAAAUAAUGGUUAAGCGCAAAAGUUUGUGGAUCGAUGGCGAACGAUGCCGCAUGCUGAGAUCAUUCUAUCCUUCAGAACAAACUCUUUACGGCUAUUAA